AUGGGCUGGCCCGGCCCUCUAUUUUUACCGUGCCUGUCGGGCCAGCCCGGUACGCAAAACGGCCCGCCGUGCCGUGCCUGGGCCGAAGGUCAGGCACGCAGGCCGCUACAGACUAAAAAGACGACUUUUCCUUGCUGCGACAAUGUUUUGGUUCCGUGGUCCGCUUGCGCAUGCGAUCCCGACCCGCACUCCGCGACUCCCGGCUUCCCUCAAAAUGCCACCCGCAGAAAAAAAAAGACAACACGAAAAAAAACCAAUGAAGACAGGACCCGACCGCCUCCGUCGCCACCGCAGUGCCUCCCCUUCCCUCUCGAGACGCCGCCAACGACGGCGGCGACGAUCCCCGCCGUCAUAUCGAUCCCCGCCGCCCCUGCACCAACGCCGAGUCACGCGGAGAGGAUCCAGCAGGCCAGGCAGCAGCGGGAUCCAGCAGGGCGCGCGGCCCUCCCCGAUCCGAGCGACCGCCGGCAAACCCAGCCCGCCGCCAUCCUGGUCUUCGAGGCCGUGCUCUCCCUCGCCAGGCCAGGACGCCAUGAUGGAUCAAGCCUCGAGGCAGGCGGUGUGAGGCCAAGGGCGGUGGCACCUCACCAGCAAGCGUCACCUCCUCCCACAGAUCCGUCGACACCUUCAACUUCUACGCCCGUUAACAUAUGUGGUUGUGGUACAUGCAAUCGUUGUUCUUUCCCUUGCAAGCACAUUUGGGUGAUUCCUAACGGCUGGUGGAGAGCUGAAGCACUGUGGAGACCGAAUAAGACCGGCAAGCGACAAGAGAAACAAGUCGUAUAUUACUCUUUUAUGAAUUCCAACCUCGCGCCACUCGACCCCACCGUAGUCCACAGCCACGUCUGUCUCCGCGGCCUGCGCCGGCCACAUGCUACUACGUCACGUCUUCGUUGGCCACCUCUUCUCCCUUCAUGUUGUGUAAGGAUUUUUUUAUUUCCAAGCAGGUAUACCAACUCUUCUCCUUUCCUGCUAUAUAUGGAUUUUGAUUGGUUGUCCAAUUUCAAUCUGCUCCCCGUCAUCAGUCCACUAAUGUCGAACUCUUAAGUAGACCAUUUGUGGUUAUAUGAAUAUCUUAAGCAAGAACUUAAAAAAAGCCAUGGAAAAGUAGAAAACAGUAAGGUAUGGUUGUCACUUAGGAUGGAAAAGAGGCUUUCACACUUGCAUUCCUUUGGCUCUCUCUCCUGGCUGGCUCUGCUCAUCUUGCAUUCUUGUGGUUGACAUGGUCAAACCUGAGUUUUCUAUUCCAUAGAGACUAAAGAAGAAAGCCACUGGGUCACUGUGUUUUGAUCCUUGAUGUUCUGUGAAGGAAGAGCGACCAAUUUCUUUUUUCAGGUGAAUAUCAAAGCAUCAGAGAGCUGAGUCAGGACCUCAGUUCAGGCAAGCACGUCGGCACCAGUAUUGCAUCAGGUGAACAUGGGGCAAGCGGAUGGCUUUAGGAGUUAUUUGGUUGAAGGUGCUAAAAUUUAACAGUGGAUGGCCCUCGCAUGUGCAUUGAUGAUGGCUGUGUUGUCAGUAACUUUAAUUGUUGCUCAGGAAUUGAGGAAGGAGCCGUUGACGGUUUAUGAUGGCCAAGGCACCGCGACCACCACCGGAAACCAGCAAGGUUAUGAUGAAGGCGCAUGAGACUUAGGAAAUUUUUGGUGGCCUACUUCUAGCUGCUUGGUUGCUCCCCUUACAGACAAAAAAGCUAUGCGGCCUUGUAGUUCUUUGGAAAUGUGUCACUGAAAUACCUGUUGGUGCUGUAAUGCUAUUCUUUUUCCUGUAUUUUUUUUCCCAGUUCAGUCCUUACCCACUUUAUUUGGGGUCUGUUUCUUUGUUUAGACGCAGAGGAAUGACUAUCCUGCUCUCACAAACUACUAGAAUAGAACAAAGAAACAUUUCUGAAGAUGGAACAAUAUGGCAUGUUUUUAUAUCAUUCGCCGUCAGGCUUGUUUCUUAUAUCA